GGUCCGUCCCUCCUGCUAAGUGUCAUCUGUGUUAAUAACAUGGUUUGAUCACGCCGUGUUGAAAAGAGACUGACCGCAGAGGUUUGGUUUAUUUAGUCACUUACUGGUUGUUGUGAUCCUUAAAUACUCAUCAAGCCGUUCUGAGAAGCCCACAGCAGUGGAGCAUAGCUGUGGACUGUCCGUUACUGAUUCAGGGGAUUAGUGUUAGCUUAAAGUUGCUGAUAUAGCUAAUAAUAACACUGUUGUAUCACUGGAUCCAGUCACUGGUCAGUUCUACUUUGACACGUUUUUUACUGUGCGGAAAUGCAAGUGAGGGAUUGCAUCGUAUCUGCUCCUGGAAAGGCCAUACUCCACGGAGAGCAUGCAGUCGUGCACGGAAAGGUUGCUCUUGCUGUCAGUUUAAACCUCAGAUCAUAUUUACAGCUGAAAGCCACUACUAAUGGUAAAGUUAGCAUCAACCUUCCAAAUAUCGACACAUUCCUCUGCUGGGACUCAAAUGAACUGAAACGGCUCAUUUCUGACUCUGGUGGCAGGAGGGAGGAGGGGAAACUUCUGGAUGCUGAACUUGUUAGGAGACUACGUGAAUUUGUUGGUGUAACAAAUGGAAACUUGGAUACUCGCAACAUGGCCACAUUAUCCUUCCUCUACAUCUAUAUGUCCAUAUUUGGAUCUGGUGAACUGCCCAGCAUGACAGUGUCUGUGUGGUCUGAGUUGCCGACGGGAGCAGGACUUGGAUCCAGUGCUGCCUACUCUGUGUGUUUAUCUGCUGCUCUACUCUGUGCCAGUGGAGCCAUUCCAGCGCCUCUCAAAGAGUGGGAUCACACUGCCAGGUGGUGUCAGGAGGACCUGGAGCUGAUCAACAGUUGGGCUUUUCAAGGGGAGAUGAUCAUCCACGGUAAUCCUUCAGGAGUCGACAAUGCUGUUGGAACAUGGGGUGGCAUGCUGAGAUUUUUGGCUGGGAAAAUAAUACCACUGAGCAGGGUGCCAUUAUUAAGAAUCCUCCUCACUAACACCAAAGUACCACGUAGCACCAAGGUACUUGUUGCCAGGGUGAAGGACAAAAUUAACAAGUUUCCCACGAUCAUGAUUCCUGUUCUUGACUCAGUUGAUGCCAUUUCCUGCACCUGUGAGAGAGUCCUCUCUGAAAUGACCUGUGAGCCCAUCACUGGAGAACACUACAAUAUUCUAGAGGAGCUCAUUGACAUCAACCAGCACCACCUGAAUGUAAUGGGAGUGGGACAUCCUGCCCUGGACACACUCUGCAGGGUUACGCUGGCCAGAGGGCUCCACAGCAAGUUAACAGGUGCUGGAGGAGGGGGCUGUGGGAUCACACUUCUGAGACCAGAAACCGACUCCUUCGUUGUCCAAAGCACAGCACAGGAUUUGAGAGACUGUGGCUUUGACUGCUGGGAAACGAGUAUCGGCGGUCCUGGUGUCCAGCAGCACUCACCUGUGUCUGUAAAGGAGGAAGUUCUGGAGAUUUUAAACAAGUACUGACUCUCAUCCAAGGCCUUGACUGAACAGGGGGACAUAGCAGCUAUUUAUGUGGCUUAUUUUUUUUAGUUUUGCGUCAUGGUCUGAGAUAUGCUCAACUGCUACAUAACACUGACUGGACAUUUGCGCUGAGCAGAGAUGUACAGAGCUUUUUGAAAUGAACUUCAGAUUUUCGCAGAAGGCAACAACUGCAAAAAUAAUUGAAAUGCCUCUAUUAAUCGCUAAUAUAUAUUUUUUUACCUGCAAGGAAAGCAUUAGAUUACAAUUCAUAAAGUGUUUCAGGUUGAAACAUAUUCAAGGAUGUGUUUACUUGUACUGAGUAUUUUGUCCAGUAGAUGGCAUUAGAGUUACAUGAGUGCUUUUAAUAACCCAGGAUAAAUGGGGAGAGGGUCUGAAAAUGUAAUUUAUUUUGAUAGGUGGGCAGUGGCAGAAUAAAUAUAUAUUGUCUAUCUAAUCUAUUUUAGUGGAUUAGAUGAUUGUCAGCCAUUAAUUACUCACAUCUGACUGUGAUAUGUAACAGUGUUGGAAAACAACUAGAAUGAACGUGUCCAGUAGGAUGAAAAAAUACAAUAAUUAAGAUAAAAGUAAUAAGAACAUAACUAAUUAAUUACAAAUGAUGAUGGUGAGACAGCAGCAAGUGAUAAUCACUAUAUGGAACAAUGUAGAAAAUAUGGAAAUAUUUACCUUGAUUGUUAUGAAUGACAGAUUUAACAACAUCCUGUAUAAAGCUGCAAUGUAUUUUUCUUAUGCUUGCAUUUAACACAACUUAAAUAGUAAAACUAAAUAUUUUUCUGUGAUUUUUUUAACUAAUAAUAUUUAAUAAAGCAAAUUUAAUUUAUAA